UUGGCUUUACUUUCUACCCCAUGUCACAGUAAAACUGUUUCUCUGAUAUAUCCUCGUUUUUAUCCACUUAUACAAUUAUCCCUCUCGCACACACAAUCCUUGUCAUGAUGUCGAGUUAAAAUAUAGAACGCAAAACUGCACUCGCGCUUGCGCGUAUCAAAGUUGCGGAAAUACGAAUAUUCUUCCGACAGAGUGUUCAGUCGGUCUCGUGCACGCAAACCGUCAUAAUGCAUGAUCGAUUGGACGACCGCAGAGAUAAUAAUUCGGAAAUAGAAAAUAAAGAUUAUCAGAAAGAUAUUCGAUACGCUCUGCAAUUAUGUCGUUGGGUUAUCAAACCAAUUGGUAUCUGGCCGUUAAUAUACGAUGGUGUAACGAAAAGGGAAAUAAUUAUUUCGAUCGUUCUCGGUUUCGCUUGCAUUUCCUGUCUGUGCUUUGUUCUUAUACCGUCCGGUCUCCAUACAUUGAUUUACGAAAAGAAUAUAAACAUUAAAUUGAAACUUUUCGGACCUGUUGGCUUUUGUCUCACAUCAACAAUAAAAUAUUGCUACCUUGGUAUAAAAGGAAAAGCCAUUGGUCGUUGCAUCGGCUACAUGGAUAAAGAUUGGAGGCACGUACGAGAUAAAGAUUAUCGAAGGAUCAUGAUUAAACACGCUACGGUAGGUCGCAAUCUUACCAUUCUUUGCGCUAGUUUUCUUUACAGCGGUGGCAUGUCCUACCACACUAUCAUGCCGUUGUUUUCGCGCAAGAGGAUCGAUGAAAAUCAUACCAUCAGACCUUUGACCUAUCCGGGAUAUGAUCACUUUUUUGAAUCGCAAGCUAGUCCGACCUACGAGAUCAUCUUUUUUACACACUGCAUAUACGCCUUGAUCACGUACAAUAUCACUACGGCGACUUGUAGCUUGGCAGCCAUUUUUGUCAGCCAUGUUUGCGGUCAAGUGCAAAUUAUUAUAUCUCGGUUGGAUGAUCUCGUCGAGGGUAAAAGAAGCAAAAACACCGUAGUGGAGGAUCGUCUGGCAGUGAUUGUUCAGGAUCACGUAAAGGUGCUUAGAUUUUCAGAACAAGUCGAAAAAGUUCUACGCGAAGUAUGCUUAAUGGAAUUAGUCGCCUCCACCUUGAUUAUAUGUCUACUUCAAUAUUAUUGCAUGACGGAAUGGUCUAAUAACGACGCUGUUGCCAUUUUCACUUACUUUAUCCUCCUAGUUUCUUUCACUUUUAAUAUUUUUAUCUUUUGCUACAUCGGUGAGCUACUCGUUAAUGAGUGCAGAAAAAUUGGUGCAGCCUCCUAUAACAUCGAAUGGUAUCGUCUGUCUGCAAAUAAAGGUUUAGACCUUGUUUUAUUGAUAGCGAUAGCGAAUUAUCCGCCAAAAAUUACUGCUGGAAAGAUAUUCGAGUUGUCAUUUGCGACUUUCGGUCGUUCAAGCUCACGCUCUCGAGUCGUUCAACUGUAUCCUAUCGAUCGUAAGACUGAGCUAUCGGUGAAUAAUUUUUCUAAACGAAUUAAAAAAAUGUUGGAAGAGGAUGACAUGAAUUAUGCGAUCCAACUCUGUCGUUUCGUGUUAAAACCAAUCGGACUUUGGCCAAUGGUUUACAAACACGUAUCGAGUGCAGAAAAAAUCCUUUCCGCCGUAUUAGCACUCACCUGUUUCUCUACGGUUUGUUUCGUCUUACUACCAGCCGGUCUUUACACGCUCUUUUACGAACAUGACGUAAAUGCCAAAUUAAAGCUUUUUGGACCAAUUGGUUUUUGUUUAACCUCAACCAUCAAGUAUUGUUAUCUUGGGUUAAAAGGCAAGGCCAUUGGACGUUGUAUCACGCACGUUGAAAACGAUUGGAAAAUGGUGCGCGAUCGGAAUCAUCGAGCGAUCAUGAAGGAAUAUGCUACGCUCGGUCGUAAUCUCACUGUUCUCUGCGCCCUUUUUCUUUUCAGCGGUGGCAUGUCUUAUCAUACGGUCAUGACGCUCUCCUCGAGCAAGAAGAUUAAUGAAACUCUCACAAUAAGACUACUUACCUAUCCAGGAUACGAUAGAUACUUCGACGUACAGGCUAGUCCAACUUACGAGAUCGUCUUCUUCCUUCAUUGCGUGUGCGCCAUGGUGAUGUACAGCAUAACAACAGCUGCUUGUAGUUUGGCAGCUACUUUUGUUACUCAUGCUUGUGGCCAGGUACAGAUAGUCAUGACAAGGCUGAGUGAUCUCGUUGAAGGCAAGGAAAGCAAUAACAUCGAACUAAACGAUCGUCUGGUCAUUAUUGUCCGAGAUCACGUCAAAACCUUAAGAUUUUCUGUACAAGUCGAAAAAGUGCUGCGUGAAGUAUGCUUGUUGGAAUUGGUAGCAUCCACGUUGAUCAUAUGUUUGCUCGAGUAUUAUUGUAUGACGGAAUGGGAAAAUAAUGAUCCGAUCGCAACUCUGACAUACUUCAUCUUGUUGAUUUCUUUCACUUUUAAUAUAUUUAUAUUUUGCUAUAUCGGAGAGUUGCUAGUUGAUCAGUGCAAGAAAGUCGGAGCUGCAUCAUACAACGUCGAAUGGUAUCGUUUACCAAAAAGUAUUAGCCUCGGUUUAAUUUUAUUGAUAGCGAUCUCAAAUUAUCCACCAAAGAUCACUGCUGGAAAAUUAUUUGAGUUAUCUCUUUUAACGUUUGGUAGUGUGCUUAAGACGUCUCUCAUUUAUCUUAACUUAAUACGGACGAUUACAGAUUAAAUUGCGUAAUACGAAACAGGUAAAUUUACUUUUUAGAAUAUAACUUUUACGUACAGACAUCGAGUUAAAUGAAUGUAACUGAUCAAAA